GCACAAACAGCGUUUUGCUUGCGCGGUAAAACUCUAGACCAUAGGAUCGACCACCCGCCGACAACUAGUUUUGCCUCAUUGGAACAAAUGACUAUUUGUCUGUGCGCGUGUGUUCGGGAGGUUUGUGCCAGCCAGGUGAUGGCGGAUCCCUUUCGCGCCUCAGGUACUGGGACAUAACCUGCGAUAUCAUUGAGAGCGUUAACGCAUACUAUUAUGGCCGCAGCACGCAAAAGCAUCUAGAGCACGAACGAUUGCAAACAUUCCACCCUGCAGGCAAAGAAGUCAUCAUGGCACGCAGUCGCUCCCAGGUUUGCCAGGACUACCAUAACGGAGACGUGAAGACAACUAAAGUCAAACGUGUUGCUCUGCUGAGGGUGUGUGUCGACUUCUUGACAUCUGCUGUGAUCUGUCGGGAAGUGAACGGUUUGAAGUGAUUAUUACUGUGCAGUGCGUUUUCUCGCCAAGUCCGAAAGCAAAGGUGUUCCUCUGACCUUGCAAGUCUAACAAUUUCCUUUCUCUAAAGCUAGAAAAGUUUGAUCUUCACUUAGUGUGACCUAAUUGAUUACUGUGGGCAGAGGUUUACAUCCACGCCCUCAGCUGGUACAAAGGCUACAGGACAAAAGGCCCUAGCAAGCACCCAAAGUCAAGCCCACAGUUCGGAGGAGUGAACACACCGCGCUGCCAAGAGAGUACUACAGCGUCCUCGUCAGAAAGGAAGAGAGUUCUCUCACUUCAAGCGCAGUGUGAAUUAGUCUUUCCGUCAGCAGUGCUUGAAAGACCAGCGCCAGUGCAGAUUCCAUUGGCGUAACUAAGGCUACUCCUGUGGAAAAGAUUUAAAGGUUACCCAUCUGACAUGUUAUGCGAAAUAUUGCAACCGUAUCAGAAGGAUUAUCCGAAUCACAAGAGCUGCUUUCCAGACCACGACUAGUUCUUCUAAACCAAGCCAUCACUUGACGAGGAAGGGUGCUUUGUUGCGUCUAUCACAACUCAAGUUAGCUGACGUCUUUCUGUGGUAGACCCUCUUACCAUGUCGCUGACAAUGGACACCAAUAUGAGUAGAUCCGCACUCACCAGACCUUUCCUGGGCAUGGUAGUGCAGCGGCUGCUGGUGUUGCUCCUAAUAACCAUCUCCUGUUCCCGUGGCUCUCAGGCAUCUUCCGUCUCGUCCGGCUGCGAUGCGGGCUGGACAGCGCAUGGUCAAAGCUGUUACACUGCACUGCCACACACUGAGCGACUGUACAACUUCUGGAAAGCACGUAACCUUUGUAACACUUGGAGAGCGGAGCUGGCGGAGCUCAGAAGCGAAGAGAACCAUCAAUAUCUGAAAAGCACAUUUCACGGGGUGGACACCUGGAUAGGCCUUACGAGCAUCCUUACUCCGAAACGCGGUCCGUAUUGGUUAUAUGGUGAACGCAGCUUAAUGGGAUCGCCCUACCAACCGUACAUCGAGACCAAGUUCUACCAAUCCUGGCUGGGUCACACUUGCUUUCACAUGAACGCCUCCGGUACUGUGGUCACGGAUAGUUGUCAUACCCGCCACACCACCGCCAUUUGCCAAAGACCUCGCAAGGUUAUGCCAACAUGUUCACCAUGUAAGGUGAAGAGAGGCAGUGACGUUGAAAGGCGACUGCUAAACAAGGCAUUAUGUCAAGAUUUUGCUGUUGUAGGAUGGGUGACUGGUGAGAGCCUUGGUCAUUACCAUGUAGCCCUGUUGGCCAUCUGCUCCCGUAAUUCUGCCGCUGAUCGCGUGCUCUCACGCUUCCAGACACGCGCUACACUGGGCUCGCGUUGUGCCGGAGUAGUCCCAGGAGCCAGAGCCAGUGUGAUAAACGUGCAGAAGCCGCUGCCAGCGAGAGCGGCGCAGUGUCCGCCACCGUGUGGCCUCCGGCUGAAGAAAGGCAAGCGGUACCUUUUAGCCGGCUCUGUUCACAGCUUCACCAGCGAGUUUCAAAUCAACACCGGCGUGGCGUUGCGCUGGCGACGUGUGAAGAACCUGGCAAGAUCGAGUAGAGUGAACGCAACAUGCUAUCAAUGAGACCAACUUGGAGAUAUCUUGCUUGGCGAGUUCUUUGCAUUUGUUUGGACAAGCUGUUGAGGCAAUGUAUAGUGAGACGAGUUGGACCUGAUACAACAUGCUGCUGCAGUUGAUCGACGACAUACGAGGUACAUAGUCACACAUACAUGAACAUAAUUUCGUUCUACUUGUCAAGUACAUUUCUGUUCAAACAGAACCAUCCCUGGUACCCUACUACGGUACACCAUGCACAGAGCUUGAGGACCUCACAAAAAGUCAGAACUUUUAUUCAAUCUAUUUUAAAUGUUUUUUUAAUGUUCGCUGAUGACAAUCUGAACUGUCCACCUCUGCUGACGAAACCUAACGGUGUCUAAACAGCUAGCUGGACGAAGGUGGAGUGGCUCAGCUAUAAUCAUGAUUACGUGGCUUUUAGAUAAACAUGAACGUAAUGGUGAAUGCGAAUAGCAUGACAUUCUAAAACCCGCUAUGAUCCGUCUCCAGUCACAUUUUGUCCAUUUUGGAAAUCUUCCUCGAAAUCCCAGUGCAAUGUACGUCAGUACUCUGGACGUGACAUACCAUUUUGAAUAUGCAUUGUUCCGUUCUAGUCGAGAGGCUUUUUCUUUACAUUGAAAGAGACAUUCUCAUCAGUAUUGUAUUGCUUUUAUUUUACAUGGCAAGUCAAACGGGCAAUCAUGCCCAAUGUUAGGAUGACGAUGGAAAGGGA